GUCAAUUCUGAAACUCGCUACCGAGACAGGCAAGGAUCUCGCUUCCCUCGGAAGGUACUGAAAAUUACUCAAGAUGUUAUUCUCACACCACUCACACGGAUAAAUGAUGUUUACGUUUGUGCUCUGCGAGAAUUGAAUAAAAAGAUUACACUGCUCUUAUCCCAAACAUUUUUGUGUUAGCAUUAAUGAGAUUCGUUUAGCCUUGUUAUUUGAACCAUAAUCUUAAAUUAUUGUACCUUGAAACUUUAGUGUGUUUGAACGUGGUCGAGAUAAAGAUAGUCUUGGCGUAACUUAUUGGUCGUGGCGUGAUGCGUGAUAAGUGGCGAAAAAAGAGGAUGAGGAGACUGAAGCGCAAACGAAGGAAAAUGAGGGAAAGGAGCAAGUGAAGUAAUCGUUGUGAAGCCCUUGUACCUUUGUGGGAGAUCAAAUAAAUUCUUUCCACAUUGAUGUCUUCUAUUAUAUUAAUGUGGGCAUUAGACAUGUCAUUGAAUGAGUGUUUAUUAGUUAGAAAACUAAGUUUUGAUUAUGACAUCUGCUAGUGAACCGGAUGACGUUGAAUUUGUGGAUGGAGAUGUGGAUUGGAUUGAAGAUGAGAAUCAGUCUGUGAAUAGCUCGGAUGGUGAAUCGACUAACGAUGUUGAAGUGGUGGACAAUGGUAUGGAUGUUGUACAGUAUUUUUCACCUAUUCAAGAUGAUACAUUCAAAUUGCUCUCAGGCCAUAAAGAAAGCGUCUUCUGUUUAGAUUUUGAUAGUACUGGUAAAUUUCUUGCAUCCGGUGGACAAGAUCAUAUUGCUAUAAUAUGGAAUGCAGAAACUGGUGAAAUUGAAUUUAUUUGUCAAGGUCAUGAUGAUUCUGUGAAUUGUGUUAGUUUCAGUCCAAAUGGUGAUUAUUUAUGUACUGGUGAUAUGGCUGGAAAUAUUCGUAUUUGGUUAAGACCAUUGAUAGAAGAGAAUUCAAAAGAAUGGAAAUUAUUAAGAACAGAAACUGUGAAUGAUUUAUUAUGGAUUAAAUGGUGGAUAUCACCUUCAAAUGCUGUACCAAAUAUGAACAAUAAACUGUCAAAGCCUGCUCUACUCUUAGCCGGUGAUGAACAUAGUCAUGUUAAUUACUGGGCUGUAAGUUCUAGCAUAUCAGACAAUCAGGGGAAGUGUAUAUCAAUGGCGUAUACGUUUGAUCUUGAUCAAGCUGCAUUAGAUGGAAUCAUUCUACCAAGUUCUGCAAAUACUAAAAAUCCAAAAUUAGCAGUACUUCAUCGAAAUGGUGAUUUACGUGUAUGGGAUAUAAAAACAAUAACAUUAAUUGGUUCUAUUAAAUUAUUCGAUAAAUAUUCUUCUUUAUCUAAUCAAUGCGGUCUACAUUUAGAAGUUUAUCAAAUGAUUUCAUUACAAUCAUUAAAAAAUCAAUCUGGUACAAAUGAGAACUUAAAUCAUGAUUUAUUAUUAAUUACUGGAAAUGGAUUUAUAUGUCCUAUUUCUGUUAAAUUUGAUGGUGAAUUACGGUUUAAAGUUUUAGAUAUCAUUAAAACAGGUGAUGAUGGAUCCGUUGAAGCAUUAAACUGUUCUUGGACACAUCCAUUGUUUGCUUUUGGCUCUAUUACUGGUGUACUUGGAAUUUGUGAUGCUCAUACUAUUCGUGUUCGUCAAAAAUGGACAUACAUAGAUGAAGAUGAUGCGCAACCUAUCGGUAUUACAUCAUUAUGUUGGAGUCGAUAUAAACCUAUAUUUUUCACAGCUACUACUAAAGGUUCCAUAGUUGCAUGGUGUGGUAUCACUGGAUUAACAGGAAAAUCCUCAUCUGGUUUAUUAACAGAAAAAAUUCCCUUAAAAAUAUGGUGGGGUCAUAAAGCAAUGAUUCUUUAUUUAACUCUACCACCAUUUUGUAAAUCUAUGGACAAUAAUGAUAAUAAUAAUAAUGAUAAAAUUGAACCAUUCUUGUGUACAGCAUCAGAUGAUACAACUAUUCGAUACUUUACUAUUGAUAUAUCAUCAUAAUUCUAUACUCUUUUUAUCUUUUGUUUCUUAUUUCCUUUUUAUUUCUGUUAUAAAGAAAUUUUGUUUGGAAAAGAAACUUAUACAUAUUUUGAUAUGGUAUUCAAUCUUCUUCUGAUCCGAUAUUUAUGAAAUUGACUUGUUCUAUAUCUGUUUUUGAUUGAGAUCGUGGAUGUGCACUGGUGAGGAGUCCGACAAUAGGACGAAACGGCCGUUCAGUGCUUUCGACGGUGGUCUUAAAUCAAUCGGUUCAUGAUCUCAAUCAAAAACAUAAUGAUCUCUACAACCCCCUAUACUAUAUCUGUUUGUCAUAAAUUCAUUGCUGUCAUGAGUUAUACUGAGAGUAAUACACCUUUGUGUAAAUAUAAUUUAUGUUACUCUCGAGAGGAGCAAUUUUA